UAUUUUUUUUUUUAAUUUCUUUGGGGAUAAAAGCUUCCUCAUGCAAUGGAAUAUUGUUUAAUGCAAUGGAACAUUAGAUUAAUGCAGGAAAAAUAAACAUCGAUAUAAAAGUAUGAAGGUUUCCGAAUGGACCGCUUACAAGUAUGAAGGUUUCCGAAUAGACCGCUUACAAGUAUGAAGGUUUCCGAAUAGACCGCUUACAAGUAUGAAGGUUUCCGAAUGGCCCGCUUUACAUAAUGUUGUUAGUUGACAGGAGAUGUUUUCUCCUGGGCAUCUCAUUCUACAUGUACUUCUGAUUUCAUAUUCUUUAUGGUAUUUAUGAGAUUGAUUACCGUUCGUUUUCUUAAAUUUUUCAUACAACAUAGCUUUGAUCAUUACAUGUACACAGUUGCGACCGAAUUUGACGCUUGUGCCAAUAAUAUUUUUUUGUUUCAAUUGGCAAAGAUAUCGUUGGAAAUGUAGAUAUAUGUAAUUACCUCUUGUGAGCUUUACUACAACAGAUGGGUUUAUAUUGACAUUUACUGUACACAAAAAAAUCGAUCCACUGUACAAAGAAAAUCGACCCAAUAAUACUAAAUGUUAACAGAGAAUGCUUACUCCUCCUAGGCACCUGAUCCCACCUCUUGUGUCUCCAGGGGUAGUUAAGAGAUCAAAAUUAGCGAUUUUUAAAAGGACCGUGCUGUGUUUAUUCUUAAGGCAAAUCUUGUUAAAAGCCACGGACAGCAUAAGAGUUUUAAAAUUUCAGAAUUAUAUUAAUGAUCCCGACAUUAAUUGGAGCUAUGGAAUUUUUUUUUAAACCAUAAACUAAGCUGUCUACUUGAAGGUAAAUAUAGAGUGCACCUGUGUCCCGGGAACUUUCAGGAUUCUUAAUAGUCUGUUUUUCUUUUAAUGCAUUUGUGCCGAUGUGUAGCACGAACGGGGCUCGAGCGCACUACCCCCCGAGAAGCGAUCGUUUUACUAACCAGUAAUGGAAGUCAAUACAGAAUUGAUAUACAUAUACAACAGUUCAGACAACAUUGGUGAUGCAGUUGUACUUCAUCUGGAAUUCCUUGUUCCAAGGUUUAUUUUCAAUACACGCUGUUUACGAAUACCACUUGAUUUGUCACUGCAGUACAUGUAGCAUAUAAAGAGAAAUUUUAGCGACGUUUAUCAUUUAGUGGUUUGUUGUAAUAAGGGCACUGGCCUGGCCGUCGUUUUAUCUCCUCCGGGCUGGGUGGUCUCGCUACAGCGUUAUUGAUGGUGCCCGUCUGACGUAGACCGGACUUCCCCAAAAGUGAACCACAGUCUCACAGUGCUGAAUAUCGACCAUUUAAUGUUCAGAUGCAGGCAUUCUAUUGAUAAUUGCUGGUGCACACAAUUGGUAAUUAAAUUACGUGAAAUGAUAUAUAGAGGUACAUGUUUCAUAAGAGUUCUUAGUUAACAGAACUUUCAACGGGUUAAAAGUAGGGUGGGGCUGUGUACCUUCAGAAAUGUCAUCAGAAAAUACAACUUCCUUUCGUUCCUGACAUACUAUGCAUUCCACUAAAGCAGUAAACAAAAGUGAUCGGUGUGGAUGCGUGCGGCGAGGAGAUUCCACGAGUGAUAGAAGAGCUACCCACGCGGUGACGUAGCAAAUUAUCCUACCAGUAAUCGGGUACCUCGGGGUCGUAUUAAACAGUAUCAUUUACGGGCGAGUCCGUGUUUCGUCGCUCUCCUUUUAUCUGGGGAACAUUCUGUGGUUUUCGAUAUAUGAGCCAUUAAGAGCAAAGUAAUUUCAUGUUUGAUUUAACAAUCAUGCACAAUAGAAAAAAAUAUGGGAAAAGAAACAUUUUGAAUGCUUGCUUUCUCUUGCCUUUGAAUUUGAUUUACAAAUACUUGUUCCAACGGUUCUUUGAUGGUGCAGAAGGCGACAAAUACAAAUUCAACAUUAUGUGAAAUGUAGGAUCGCUCGUGCAUCUGAAAAAUAUAGCUGUCAUUUUGCAUAACAAUUCCGCCUAAGUAAUAUAAAUUCAUCAUACAUUUGCAUUUAAUCAGUGCCUGUGUGAUUAGAACUCCUUGACGAUCGGGGGGGGGGGGGGGGGGGGGGGACGCCACAUGAUGAUGUGUGAACAAACUAGAGCUUAAAUUAUAUUCAGAAAGACAUUACACAGAUUGCAGAUAGGCAUUGCGCAGUUUGCAGUCACCGAAAAAGAAAGCUUUUUAGCUUGUACUUAUUUAGAAAUCCCCAAACAUUGAUAUUGGAGAGUUGUGUACACAUUACAUCACUGAAGAUAUGUUUGGACGUUCUGUACACAUGUAAUAAAUUCCCAGUAUGUGCACGUUCUUUGAUGUUCGAUACCUGCAUAGUUCUGCGUCAACAUGUCUCUUGCGAUCCCCAUUUUUGACGUUUACAUUGUACUAGGCACACAAAUGUUUUAUUAUGCAUUUGUCAUCGCUAUGAAGUUUAAACCUCUUAUCGAUGGUGGACCCUAGAUCAGCUGACUCCCAUCGUGUGUGAAUUUCAAUAAUAUGCCGUUGUGUAACGUAAAAUACAAUCAAGAACACGCUUAAGAAAAUUAGAAAUUUAUUUAAAUGAAUUAUGACACAACUGUACCUGUCCUGUGCAGUAAACAGACGGUAUUUGGAAAUCCGCCCAGUCCUCGUGGUCAUUUGUGAAGCACACAAAAUGGAUUUUAUCAAUACUAUAUCAAGCCUCAGCCGAAAAAAACUCCUACCUUGAUGUGUUGACGGGUUGUGUAUCUUUACUCAGGUAACGUUAGCCUUCCAAGCAGGCUGGCCACGAUUAAAGUGCGUUUUUUAAUUUUCAAUUAAGUAGUCGGAACUGGUGAUUACUACCUUGAGAUUGUUUCGGAUUUCAUUUGCAUCGUAUGACACCUGCACCACAGGUAUAGGGAAUUCCGGGAUCCGUGCGAAUGCCUGCACAGCUUGUAUGGGUCAGCGAUAUAUUUCCUAAGAAAUCAAAAGAGAGCUAAUGACGAUGAUUGGAAUUGACAAUUCGUUUUCAUUGACGGUGUGCCUUACCGUUGUAAUUUUAGUGGUUUCCCGGGAGUGUACGGGUUCAUCCCAUCCCGGGGUCUCCGUGCACCUCAGUCACAGAGACAGGAAGAUGAACAUGCAAUACUUCAAUGAUCUGAGGAGGGACAUCGGGGCGGCGGAUAUGAAUGAAAUUACCUGGGACACAACAAUGGCAAAGGAGGCUCGCAGAUUUGGGAGAUCCUGUUCUUUUGAAAAGAGUCCACGUAAUUGGUACUCUACCUCUCUCUACAAGCAGUUAUUUGACCACACAGCUCGACCAGGGGAAAUCAUCAUGAAUGCUAUUCGAUUUUGGGGCAUACAGAAAUCCAACUUUACCCGAUUCGGCUGGCAGUCUUGUGAAAAGAGAAACACCUGUGAAUAUAUUAAGAUGGUUUCUGCAACGUUAGAAAAAGCUGCAUGUUCUCUUACACGAUGUUCACGCAUGCGUAAUCAACGAGAGGAUGAGGAAGCUAAUAUGUAUUUUGCCGUCUGUUUAUUUUCGCCGACAACAGUGAUAACACGUCCGCCAUAUUCACCAGGCCGGAAGUGUUCCAGGUGUCCUCUCUACUCGAGGUGUCGGCGCGGUCUCUGUUCCGCCAGUGGAAGUCGUUUUCGUAAUAAUUCAAGGUCGUCAUCACGAGACAUGAACAGAAUUGUACCGUCGUACAAGGGAGACAAACCCUCUCUUUCAAAGGGGAGCGUACUCCGGGGGCACAGGUAUUUGGAUGAAAAGGGCAACAUCCGGAUCCGACAGCUUCCUAAGUAUCUGGCCCAAAAAGCAAGAAGACCUAGUUAUAUAUACAGACCCACGAACACCAGGUCUCGAAUCCAGAGACGACCUAGCCCUAGUUCCCAAACGAGUUCACAGAGGGCAGCACCUACCUUUGAAAGACGACGCCCAGCACAGUCAGCUAGAGUUAAACGACAGACAGGAAGCAAUGACCAUCGGUACCAACUGAUACUGAGGCAACGAGAAGAACAGCGCAGGCGCGAAGAGAGAGAACGGUUGGAAAGAGAGCACAGACGUCAAAUGUUGGCACAGCAACUCCGACAACGAGCUGCGGAGGUACGGAAAAACGAGGAAGAGGACAGACGUGCUCAAGAGCAGAGGCGGAGACUGGAAGAUCUCCGACGUCAACGAGAGGAAGAUAGGCGCGUACAGAUGGAGCUAAGGCGACGUAGAGAAGAGGAGAGGCGUCGCCGUCAGAGACAGCGGGAGUUGGAACAACAACGGAGACCUAGCAGACCAGCGAGGAUAGAAAGUACAAUGAAAUCCACAGACAAGUUCCAGCUUACUCAGGUUCACAACACACUCCGGGGUACUGGACUGGGAGAACUGAAAUGGAGCAAGCACUUGGAGCGAUGGGCGAGGUACGUUGUGCGCUGUGAGAUUGAAUACCCUGGACCGAUUGACACCUUCACAAAUUUUGGCAAAUUAGACAAGCCUAGCCAAGUGUACAACUUGGUUUAUGAUUGGGGAGCGGAAGGAAAUGACGUAUCCCGGCCACUAGCGUACGGUUGUCGUACCCCUGAUGACAGAGAACGUUGUAACCACAAUGUCAUUGUAAGUCACGUGAUAUAUCAGGACUAUAAUUUGUAUUGGCAAAUCUCUUCUCCAACUUUCAUUUUAUACUCUCAUUUUCCAGAUCCGAAAUCCGUUCAUUCGGAACUUUGCCUGUGCGAGUCUAGACUGCGUGGAUAAGACUCAGUUGACUUGUAUUUAUAAAUAAUAUUUAUCUGAUCGUUGAAAUGCAUAUACGGCAAGGCACAGUUAUCCCAAAUGGCUGUCUCUGAGAAGUGUGAGGCCAGAAGUAUUGCAGUAUUGAAGAAAUUGGACCUUCAUAUCGUAUGAUAUUAUUCUGAAAAUGUGAUAUUAGAAUAUAGACAUAUUGACGUUUUAUCAGUGUUCACUUGUUUGGGCUAAAGGACGCGGUUUUGUUAUUUUUUUUAAUGAAUAUGUUUUUACUAUGAAUUUGAUACCUCUCGAAAAAUAGUUUUCUCAAAAUUUGUUUUCGUAAAGGUUUGUUGUUUAAACUUCAUAAUUUUCUUUUUGAAAUCUGCAGAUUAUUUCGUAUUAUGAAUACUUAUAUCAUUGAAAAUUUUCAAGCUUAUUUUAAUUGUUUUUAUAGAAUCUAUAUUGUUAUAGAACCAUAUUUCCAUUGAUAGAUUUGACAUACCGCAUAAGUAGCAGCAUUAAAAGCUUUAGCGUAGCAUCACACAUAUAUAUCAGGUUCUCUAUACCCUUGUUUAUCUUAUUUUAUUAUUAUUUUGGAAAUCUUAAAAUGUAUUUCGAAAGUUGACAGAAAGACGCAAAAAACGUAGUAAAAUUUGUAACAUUAAAAUGUUAUGCUACAUUUGAUAACAAAAUAUGAUUUAUUUGUUCCAUGGACAUAUAUAACGGAAAGUGUACAUUACCUACAUGCACGUUAUGUAUGUGUAUCUCUGACGUCUUUAUUCAUACCGAGUGUACUGGAUUACAGUAGUUUCACAUUGAUUUGUAAUGAAUUGUCGGUUACCAUGACACUUGUUUUUUGGUUGGUUUUUUUUUUUUUUUUUUUUUGUAAUGAGCUGCGUCUACAUGUAUUUGCUUGGUGUAGUGAGAGUUUUGAGAUGUAAUAAAAUUUAUUUUUCCUAUGA